ACCGAAGUAAAAUCCUUAAAUUAGGGUUUAGUUUGCCAAUGGAAAACAAUCAAAAUUCUCAUUUUUAUUAUUAGAGCACUACAUAUAUAGUACUAGUAGUACUCGAACACUAAUUGUAGCUAGAGAUUUACAACACACAAACAAUAAAUGGCGAAAUCGUCAACCACAAAGCUCUUCUUUCUCUCCUCACUUUCAUCGUCGUUCCGUCUUCGCUACCUCACCACCGCCACCACAAGAACUAGUCUCAGUUUCACUUUCACUUGCAGUCGUAACAUUACUACUCGUGCUUCGAAGAGUAACAAAAAUAAGCAGAAAGCGAAAGUAGUGGUAACUGCAGCAGCGAAGAAUUCAGUGGCGGUGAAGGAGAAGAGGAGGACUCGCUCUGACAAAGCUUUGGAUGAACACGCAAUCCAAAGCUACGUCGGUGACGGUGGCGCCGCCGCGCCGCAUAUACCUGUGAUGCUUGGCGAAGUAGUCGACGUCUUCUCCUCCAAACCCCUCCGCUCUUUCGUUGAUUGUACCGUCGGCGCCGCCGGUCACUCCUCUGCUAUAAUUCAAGCCCAUCCAGAAUUGAAACUCUAUUUUGGCAUGGAUGUUGAUCCUGUGGCUUAUGAGAAGGCUAAAGCUCAAAUUGAUGCCAUCUUGAAUGGUGAUUCUUGUCAUCCAACUUCUGACCUGAAAACACAUACCAUUUUGAAGAAUUUUAGGCAUAUCAAAUCUGUGCUUAGCGUGGUUGAUAAGAAACUGUUAGACACUGGAGUUGAUGGCAUCUUAAUGGACUUGGGAAUGUCAUCCAUGCAGGUGAACGAUCCUGAAAGAGGGUUCAGUGUACUUGGUAAUGGACCUCUUGAUAUGCGAAUGGAUCCUCAGGCAAGUCUGAGAGCAGAAGACAUUUUAAAUUCUUGGCCAGAUACUGAAGUGGGACGGAUAUUGCGGGAAUAUGGGGAGGAAAGCAACUGGCGCUCUCUUCAGAAUAAAAUUGUCAAAGCCCGAUUACAUGGUGGGUUGCAUACGACUGGCGAAGUAGCAGAUCUUAUUCGGAAUGCAACUCCUGGGACUAGAGGAGGGAGGCAAGGUUGGAUAAAGACGGCAACCAGGGUGUUUCAAGCUCUGAGGAUAGCUGUUAACGACGAACUUAAGACACUGGAGGAUUCGCUCUAUUCUUGUUUUGAUUGCCUCGCACCUGGUGGUAGGCUUGCUGUCAUCUCUUUCCACAGUUUGGAGGACAGAAUUGUAAAACAAACAUUUCUUGACAUCAUUAACAGCAAUGAGGAUGAUGGGGAUGAAGAAGGGAGACAGAGAAGUGAAUUGAGAAAGAUCAGAAAUGACAAUGGUGAAAAUGAACCGUGGAUUAAACAAAUGAUACAGGGUUAUAGAGGAGCAAUCCUCACAAAGAGACCAAUAACACCAUCGGAGGAGGAAGAGAGAUUGAACCGCCGGUGUAGAAGUGCUAAGCUCAGGGUGAUUCAGAAGGUUGAAAGAGAAUAAUUUUGGUUGGAACUCCGGAUUCCCCAAGCGCAUUUUUUGUUGUUGAACAUUUUAUAAAUCUGUAUCUGUGAUGUUCUACCCCAUUGUUGAUUCAUCAUUAUUUAAUUUAAAGUUCUGAAGUAAUAGGUAAGUGCUGGUUUUUUGAA